AUGGAGCCAGGUGUUUCUAGUCUUUUUCACUACAUCCUUGAUGCUCUUAUACGCUUCCCAAGCCGCUCGUCUCCUUCCUUCCCAGCUCGGAGGUCAGGUCGUCAUCGUGUUCAAUUCCCGACCCAGAUAAACGUAGCUGGUGCAUUCGGAUAUGUUCGUUCUGCUGAGCGUGAAUGGGGCAUCCGAGAUCCAUCCGUUGCGCAUGGAAAUCAUCUUUUGCAGAUUCAGCUGAAGACCGAUGCUUGUUUCGUUUUGUUUGGUGUUUCAUGUUUCGUCAAAUUCGGUCAGCAUUCGUUCCGUUUGGCUGAUGCUAGGUGUUAUCAGUACGAUGUCAUCAGCGAAGCGCAGAUGGUGUAG